UAUCUCUGAUUCUUUCUUGUCUUCCCCACCACCCCGUCUUCCCCACACUCAGCUCUCAGAUUCCAUCCCCUAUCUAACCUUCUUCUCUAUCUGCAAUUUUAUUUUAAUUUUUUUAAAUUUUUUUGUAAUUUUCAUUUAAUCGUGGCAUCCUGAGAAGAAUCGGCGAGGGAGGGUGUGGGAUUGAUUGUUUGCUUGCGUUGGUGGUGUUCUCGUCCGGUCAACGACGAGAACAUUGCCGACGAUAUGAUGAUGAUGUUUCAGAGCCUAACGUAUUACCUGUCGGAGCAGCCUCCGAUCGUGGGGUUCCGGUGGAGCCAUAGCCAAUCAUGGGGGAAUACCUGGUCUUUCGUGUUUACCUCCAUCGCCGCAUAUAUCGGGUUUUCCCUUGUGCUCCACCUCCUUCUCCUCCUCCUCUUCCGCCACCGCCGCCCGCUUCCUCUGGGGCCAAUCCCGGCGCUGCACUCGCUCGCGAUGGCGCUGAUUUCGGUGACGAUCUUCGCCGGGAUUUUACUCUCCAGCGCGGCGGAGAUCCGGGACACGCGGUGGUUCUGGCGCCGCUCCAAGACGACGCCGUUCCAGUGGCUCCUCUGUUUCCCGCUGGGGACGCGGCCCUCCGGCCGCGUCUUCUUCUGGUCCUACGCCUUCUACCUCUCGCGUUUCCUCCACACGCUCCGGACGUUCUUCACCAUCCUCCGCCGCCGCCGCCUCUCCUCCUCGCAGCUCUUCAACCACUCCAUCCUCAUCUUCAUGUCCUUCCUCUGGCUCGAAUUCUCCCAGUCCUUCCAGGUCCUCGCCAUUCUCCUAACCACCUCCGUCUAUUCCGUCGUUUACGGUUACAGAUUCUGGACGGCGAUUGGCCUCCCCAGCGCCUGCUUCCCCUUCGUCAUCAAUUGCCAGAUUGUCCUCCUCGCCUGCAAUCUCCUCUGCCACGUCGGAGUUCUCCUCCUCCAUUUCAUCAAAGGUGGCUGCAAUGGCAUCGGCGCCUGGCUUUUCAAUUCCGUCCUCAACGCCGCCAUCCUCUUAUUGUUCCUUAAUUUCUACGUCAAGAGAAGAAACACUACAGCCGUUAAUGGCGACCUUCUCUCCGUCAAAGACAAGGAUAUUUGACCUCCACGGCCACCGCCACGGCCACCGCCGACGCCGACGCCGACGCCGACGAUCUUCUCUUCUUCUUUACACUGUUUCCAGAUUUAUUUUCCUUGGGAACUGUAAAUUAUGUUCGCCUUCAUGGGGUUACAUCAUUACAGUAAUCUGUAAAUCCCUUCCUGCCCUAUAUAUACAUUAGUUCUUUAAGAUCAGAGCAGAACAUAAUUAUUGUAUAAAUUACAGCUUACUUUUGUAAUCCAACUUGAUAAUCAUCAGUAAGUAUGAUAAAGUAGCUAAAUUAGGGAAUUCAUACCUGCGGCGUUUG